CUGAGUGAUACCAGUUCAAUGACAAUUCUUAAACUAAGUCCGUGGUCUUCAAAGUAGAUUGUCAGUAAAUUGUGUUGGUUUGAAAAUGCGGCGUAUGUGGUUAAAAGCUGGAUUUGUUUGGAUUCUUUUGCUAGGAUUUGUUAUGAUUCUCCCAUACGUGAGUUUUAUUCAACGAUUUGGUGUGACGUUAGGGCAGAGUAAAUAUGGUGUUUGGGCACCAAAAAGCCGAACAGCAAAGGUUACCGAGAAACCAAAGUGUAAACAUCCGGUUUUGCCAAGAUUUAUUUGUGAAGAAAGGCCAGGAAGGUUUGGAAAUCAGAUGUUCUCUUUCGCCUCAGCUUAUGGAAUAGCCGCCCAUCUUAAUCGGACUAUGGUGGUGGAUCGUUCAACAUAUCUUAAUAAGAUCUUCACCCUUGAUGCCAUGAUGGUGGACAAGUGUGUCUGCGGUGAAGCUAAGCCGAAACAUUCCAAGAAGCAUUGCUCGUUUGACAAGGAUCUUUUAAAUCUUAAAUCAAGUGAAAAUUACAGAGUUGGACUUUAUCUGCAGUCUUGGAAAUAUUUCGAGUCCGUUGUCCCACAGAUCAAGAAACAAUUCACAUUCAAACGAGAAGUGUUCGAUAAAGCGCUAGAAAUAAUCACGAAAAUCAAGACUGAUUUCUUGAAGAAGCAUUCUGGAAUCAACGUUAAACCUCUUGGAAAAAAUAUCACAUUCGUUGGAGUUCACGUUAGGCGGGGUGAUGUUAUUGGAAACAAAAUUUUUAUUGAUUUUGGAUACAUGGUCGCUCCUAAAGAGUACAUUGAUAAAGCUAUGAUGUAUUUUAUAAACAACUUUACAGAUGUUCUGUUUUUGGUUUGUUCUGACAAUAUGACGUGGACAACGGCCAACGUUAAUCACUCAAAUGUUGUAUAUGUGCGAGGUAAUUCGCCGGAAGUGGACAUGAGCGUGCUUAGCCAAUGUAAUCACACGAUCGUUACCAUCGGCACGUUUGGCUGGUGGGCGGGAUUUCUCGCAGGGGGAAUAACUCUGUAUUACAAACACCCUGCCAAAGAAGGCUCCCGAUUUAGAAAACAUUUCUCAAAAGACUAUUCUGAUUUUUAUUAUCCAGGCUGGAUUGGAAUGGAAUAGUAUUAUACCCCAAUUCAGAAUUUCUAUCGAAUCUUAACAGCGUAUACAAAUAACACCUGACUGGGGUAAAGUUAGAAGAGCAUCUAACGUUUAAUAGAGCAGUUAAUACUACCAGACUUGCCAUUUGUGAUAAAUGUUAUGAUCAGUGUUGGUAAAAAAAAAAUCUAGGCAAUGAAUGAAUUUAAUUUGAUUUAAGCCAAUACCACUGUACUAAGUGCCCUUGACGCUGAACUGUGUGGGACGAGACGUAGCCUGGUGGUAAAGCGCUUUGGUCUGUCUGAGAUCGAUCCCCGUCGGUGGGCUCAUUGGGCUAUUUCUCGUUCCAGCCAGUGCACUACGACUGGUACAUCAAAGGUCGUGGUAUGUG